AUGAUUUGUGGCAAAUGAUGGAAUAGACCACCAUGGUCAAGAUCUCUGAACACAAUGCUGGGAUGAUGUGCAGCUCGAUUAACGCACACAGACAGAAGCUGUCAGAUGAAUAAGCAGCACUUCUACAGGCAUGAAUUCAAAUGAAACACAUACAGACACAUGGGGCGUGAUUGUCCUCUCCCUCACGCUUUCGUUUCUUGCUAUACUGACAAUGGCCAUGAACUGCUUGGUCAUUACAGCCAUCAUCGUCACACCAAAGCUGCACCAUCCUGCAAACUAUCUCAUUUGCUCAUUGGCCAUGACUGACCUUUUGGUGGCCAUAUUAGUCAUGCCCUUCAGCAUUGCCUACAUUGUGAUGGAGACAUGGGUCAUGGGUGAAGUCAUGUGCAACAUCUGGUUAAUCGUGGACAUAACCUGCUGCACGUGCUCCAUUCUGCACCUCGCGGCCAUCGCUGUGGACCGAUACCGUGCCAUUACAGAUGCCGUGGAGUAUUUGAGAAAGAGGACAUCUCUACGGGCCGCCAUCAUGAUAAGUGUGGUGUGGCUCCUCUCGAUAAUAGUCUCUCUGCCGCCAAUGCUAUUGAGAGGCCACCAAGAAAAUGAGUGCAUCAUUAAACAUGACAACAUUGGCUCUUUACUUUACUCCACGUUCGGAGCUUUUUACAUCCCGCUAAUACUCAUUCUCAUUCUUUACUACAAGAUCUACCGAGCAGCAAAGACUCUUUACAAAAGGAGAGCCAGCCGCUUCAACAAGCCAGAGAUAAAUGGACACAUGCUUCCCAAGUGCAGCGACCAGGAGCCCACAUCCCCGGACACCCUAAGCCCUCCGGAGAAAUCAGUGUCAGAACCCUCCACCGAAGGCGACAGAGUGUGCAUCGCUGGGAAAAGCCCAAAGACUUGGUCUUUCAGAGAACAGUCCAUCAGGAGAAAUCGCAUCUCCAGCACGCAUGAAAGGAAGGCCGCCACCACUCUGGGACUCAUUAUAGGGGCUUUUGUCAUCUGCUGGCUGCCGUUCUUCAUCCAUGAGGUGAUUGUUAACAUGUGUACGUCCUGCACUCCAUCUCCUCAGGUCACCAACUUUCUGACUUGGCUGGGAUAUCUGAACUCUCUCAUCAACCCGCUGAUUUACACCAUCUUUAACGAGGAUUUCAAAAGGGCUUUCCAGAAGUUAAUCAAGUGCAAGAAUUAUCUCCAACACCAAUGAACGGAUUGCAAAAAAAAAAAAAAAAAAGGAAAGAAAACCUUCAAAGAACUUAAAGGGGACAUAUGAUGCACUUUUAGAAGUUGUUUGAACUGAAAUGUGUGUUGGCAGUUUGUGUACAAAUCCACCCUAUAAUGAUAAAGACACAGUGUUUUUUUUGUUUUUUUUUAAUCUGCUUAAAUCUUUACCCCUUUCUCAAAUCGAGUCUAUCUCAGAUGCCUGUCUUUGUGACGUCACCCAGGCCCCUCCCACAAUAGUUUGAUUGACAGAAGUGUUCCAGCACCGACUGGACUGGUGUUUUACCUUAGACUGCCCUGAGUGACUGUCAUCAGUCCACCACUGUUUCACUGCCGGAGCAGAUGUAGACAAGAAUGCCUCCUAAGUGUUCUGUUGUUGAAUGUAAUAAUGAACACAGCAGUCGUCAUUUACUCCUGAAACCUGAGCCGCCGAAGACGCAGUGGAUUCAUGUUACAUUUGUUUGUGAAGGGAAUGCAGCCCCAAUCUACAUAAAUGCAUCUAUGUUUGCACAAAUCAUUCGUGAUCCAGCUUCACCAACAGAAGAAGUGAGUGUAAGGUUUUUUUAAUGAAUCUUUGCAAAUCGCCUUUCCUUAAUACUGUACUGAUUAGCAAGUUUCACGAUGAAUGCGGCUAAAGUAAACAGCCCCUCAGAGAGCAGCUGGAAGAGAGGGGCGGGGUCAGCAGAGCUCAUUAACAUUUAAAGGAAAAUGCUACAAAACGGCGUGCUCGGAAAAGAGCUGUUUUGUGGGCAUUCUAUUACUCCUUUAAUUAAAUCAAGCCAUUAUUCUGCACAGUUAAAUAUUGGUCUUUUAAAUUAAAUGUUUUGUUUAAAUUUAUCCCAUUCAAAAUUAAAUGUAAAUAAAACUGAACAACGUAAAACCAAAUAAUUUUUCGAGAGUAAUAUGAAAUACCUGCAACAAACUGUGUAAUUUCAGUAGAUCUGUGAGGCAGAAAAAGAACUGCCACUUUUAUACAUUUUCACAAAUGUCUUAUAUUUAGAGAGAAAUCCAUAUAUGCAACUAGAUUACUUAGAGCUGAACAAUAUUUUAGUGGGUUUUAAUAUUAUAGAUUUCAAACAAACCUUUUGUAUGUGAAAAUCAUACUAUUUUUCAUAAGAGGAAGAAAUUCAGUGUAACACUUUACAAAAAUGUCCCAUUUAGCUGACAUUAGUUAGUGUAUCAACAUAAGCUAACAAUGAGCAAGACAUUUGGAAAAGUAUUUAUUAAUCUUGGUUAACAUUAUUUAAUUAAAAUACAGCUGUUCAUUGUUAGUUCAUAUUGGCUCAAGUUCAUGAAAUAAUAUUAACAGAUACGACUUUUGUUUUUAAUGUAUUAGUCAAUGCUGAAAAUAGCAUUGUUGUCAAAAAAUACAGAUAGCUAAUGUACCUACUGUUAACAGAUUAUUGUAAAGUGUUACUAAAUUCAGUGUACAGCCCAUUACAUAAAUAUUUAGCCAUAUGAAGGGCAAAAUAUACUUGUAGAUUAUAUGUAGAUUGGAACAUUGCACUUGCAUUUAAUUAAAAUUGCACUACCAGUUAAAUGCUUGGACACACUUGACUGAUCUCAUGUUUCUGAUGGUCUUCAUCAGAAGAAAACUUCCCAUAAUGUUAUUGUUUUAAUGGCUAUAAAUGUAAGGGAAUGUCCAGAUGUUUCACUGGUACAUUACACAAACAAUGGAAAGGUUUAUUCUUAGACACUUCUUGCAUUUGGGCUUCUGCUGUAAAUUUGUUAGGCAAAUAUGUUGUGCAUUUGUUUAUUUCUUUGGUAAGAAUGUUACUCGGAUGUUUUAUCUGAUAAGAUUUAUGUGUGUUCCUCCAAAUUAUAUUGAGACCAAAGACACAAACAGAGAAUUAAUUCAUAUAUAAUCUUUUAGAAACUGAUGAUUUGAGAAGGGCCUGUGAUGUACAAAACAUUUGAUCUCAUAAUGUAGCUAUCUGUUGUUCAUGUUAAUAAAUGUUUUGCAUAAUGUACAAUAUGUUGAUUAUACUGAUUGUAUUAUAUAAAGUGGCACACCAGAUCCUGAAGUAUGGCCACAUAUUUCUAAACUUUAAACAAAGGUAAGCAAGUUGUACAAGAUGUUCGACAA